CAUUGUCAUUUAUAAGUUUUUUCAACAAUUGACCAAAGACAGUCAUGUUUCAAUGUGUUACAUUCGAAUUGUUUUUGACGGUAAAUUCAUGUUGUGUGAAUCGAUAGAUGUGUCGACCUGUCGUGCAAGUAAGUGCAGACAAUACAUGACCAGAUAAAAAUACCCGAUGGAUGGGCAAGUGAAUAAAGACGGCAAUAUGUCCACCAAAAUAAGGAUUAAAACAGAGAAAGGUGAAACACCAGUCAAGUAUUGUUGCAGAAAAGACGAGAGUAUGGAAAAAGAAAAUUAUAGCAUUCCCGACUCUGAAAACUUGGAUAAGGCAAGACUUCAUGGCAAUUUGUUAGAGCAAUGUCAACUAGAACUUAGUAAAGUGAAAGAAAAAUUAAUGAAUACUGAGAGACAGCUCGAAAAAGCAAAUGCGUAUAAUGUAGACCUGCGUGGUGAAGUGGAAAAAUUGAAUUCCCAGCUUCAAAGCCUUAAAAGUGCUGCCAGAGAGAAGACUGACGCAGAAACACAGACAAAUGAAUACCAAGACAAUGCUAAUGAAAGAAAUGGAAUAUCUAGAGAUCAAGCCAUAGUGAUUGAUGACUCAUUCAAUGAGGGUCAAGAAGAUGAAACAGACAAUGAUGCUCAGAUGACGGAGAGUGCUAAACCACAUGGUGACGGAAAAACAUAUGACAAUGCUAAAUCUGAGGAAGGUACAAAAACAGAGAGUGAUAAUAAGCAUGAAGUUGACAAUGAAACUAAAAUAGAAAAUGAGGUAAAGUCUGAGGAGGAAGAAAAGAAAUUGUCCAGUACAUCACUGGCUGAUGAGCUACGAGCUACAGCAGAGGCAGCAGUACAGCAGUCAGGCUAUGUGUAUGAUGAAAAAUCAGGACUCUACUAUGACUACAACAGUGGAUACUACUACAGUGCAGAAAAGGCAUUGUAUUAUGACCCCAAUACAGGAACUUAUUUUUACUACAACUCAGAGACUGGUAAAUAUGAGUUCCACUCUCAAGUCGAUUUGUCUCAGUACAGCACAGGACAGGAUUCUCAGCAGCAUAACCAGUACUAUGGCCUUGAUCAGUACCGGGACCACCACUCUAGUUCCAGGGGAGACAACUACGAUAAGCUUAGGAGAAAUUAUCAUACUCAUGCUAGCCACAGACCUAAUGAUUCUGGGUACCACAAGCCGUUACAAAGGAGGGACAGAGAUACAUCCAGAUCAAGUCAAUCUUAUGCAGAUUAUGACCGCCACAUAUCAUCACAUAGGAGGGACAAGGAAGGAUCCAUAAAUAGAACAGCGUCUGGCAGAAAGAAACAAUCCAAAAGGCUUCAGUCAGAGGAAAAGGAAUAUCAUAAGAGGAAGAAAAAGAAGAAAGAUAAAGAUAAAAAGAAAAGGAAGAAAUCUUCAAAAGAGAGAAGGAAAGAUAGAUCAUCAGAUAAAAAAAGAAAUGAAAAAUAUCCACAAAAUAGCAAAAGAAAGGUGAGGGAGAGCAGAGAAAAAUCUGAGGAUGGUGAGGUUGUGUCAGAAGAUAGUGAUGAAAGGGAUGAUGAUAGCAAAGAAGGUGAUGAGGACAACAAAGAAAACAGCAGUGUGGAUCUAGAAAGUUAUGACUUAGAGGGAAAGUCAUAUAUGGGAGAGCUUUAUGAAAGUUUUGAUGAGAACAGUAAUAAUGAAGUGACUUCUGGGGAAGCUUCUACAAUGGACAAUUUAUAUGAUGAUUUGGAUGAUGACAUUGUCCAGCAGUCUGCAUCUGAAGAUGAUGGUUUAUCUAAAAGGACAGAGGAUUAUCUAUAUACCGAAGGUUGUAAUCACAAUGAAAAUGAUCGUUCUGAUAUGGAAUAUUCUACAAAUAUGAAUGUUAGUAGUGAACAACAUGAAAAGACAAAGUAUUCUAAACGGAAAAAGAUACAUAAUUCAAAAGACAGUGCUAGCAAUUCCUCUGGAAAACUACAGAAAAAGAAGAUUAGCUAUAGUUCUUCAGAUAGUGAUACAGCUCAUAAGGAAAAGUCACACUCGAAGGAACAUGAUUCUUGUGAUAGGAAUAUUACUAGUAAGAUAGAUUCAUCUUAUUCUCACAAACACUUAACUAAGAAAAACAUAUCAGAUAGUUCACACAGACAUGAAAAUUCAAGGUCAGGUAGUGAUAGAAAAUCCAGAGAUGAACACAGCAGUAAACAUAAGUCAGGGGAAAUGUCUGGUGUAAAACGAAGAAAUUACAUCAGUGAAACCUCAGGUAAAAAACAUAGGCACAGAUCAGGGAAACAAGGCCGGAAGGCUACAGUAUCUAGACAUUAUCAUGGAAGACAGACAUCAUCACAGUCUCGGAAGCAGCCGGCUUUUUCUUCAGAUAGUGACAGUAGAAGUAGUAGUAACAGUCUCUGUACAGGGGAAUCAGAGCUGGAAUCAGGGGAGAUAACCAGUACUUCUGACGAGGAACCUGAAGCUAUGCAAUGUGAUAAUGAGCAGGAGUUUGACCAGGAUAUGUAUGGAGAUCACUCACAUGAUGUCAUUAUGGCUGAGGAAGAGCUGGUCAGUAAAUGGCCGCCAUGCAUACGUUUAAUGGUAACUGACUCUGACAUUGUUGAUCCUGGUACACUGUUUAUCGUCACCUGUACAGGAGCCACAGUGGGACGAGAGAAGGGCCACAUCAUUCUCAUCCCUGACAUCAAUAUUAGUAAGACUCAUGCAGAAAUCCACUUUGACGAGACCGAGUAUCAAUACUUCCUUACAGACCUGGCUAGCCAGAAUGGCACGUUCCUAAAUGAGGAAAGAGUGUCUGAACCUAAGGAAAAGAGUAAGCCUAAAGUCCUGAACCAUGGUGAUACUCUACAGUUUGGUUGUACUCGUCUUCUUCUACACAUCCAUGAUGGCAUGGACACUUGUGAUGAGUGUGAACCAGGACAGGUACAGGCUCAGCUACAGGCCCAGAACCAGUCACAGAAAGAAAUUGUCAUCCUGAGUAAGGAGGAAAAACAAAGACAACAAAAACAGCAGUUGAAGAAGAUAAAGAAGAAGUAUGGACUGAAGGAUUCUGCCUAUGUGGAUAACAUGUCAGCCAUAAACAACCCUGCUUAUAAUGAUAAGGCUGAUGAGAGGAGGAAAACUGUGGGAAGUGACAAUCCUUACCAACCUGACGAGGCCCCAGCUUCUGUACAUAGGCCUAUCUCAGAAGAAAACAAAGGCCACAAGAUGUUGAAGAAGCUAGGAUGGACAGAAGGGGAAAGUCUUGGAAAGGAUAAUGAAGGAAUAAGACAGCCUAUCUCUGUCAAGUUUCGGGCCAACAGAUCAGCAGGACUUGGGUCAGGUGAUGUUGGAGAAGGGUCAGUGGAGGAAGUUGGAGAUCUACAUCGGCGACAGAAAUGGUUAGAAGUCCAAAGACGCUAUAACAAAAUGGAAGAAGAAGCACCUGGCGGUGGAAAUAUUAAAAAAACAUUAACUACACCUAAAUGGGUACAAGGAGAAACACAAGAGAGCUGAGACUUUUUAUAUUCUAAUACUGAAUGAAAGGAAAGGAUGUGGAGCCUUCUGUAUUGAAAGUUUUUAUAGAUGUUGAGGAAGGAUGAGGAUAUGUGUCCUGCUGAGGAAAUUUACUUUCUGUUUACAUGGAGGGAAUAAAUUAAUUUUCUGCUCUGGAGCAGAAAUUUCUUUUGAAUUUUCAAGAGGGCUGUGACUGACUUCCUAUAAUGGAGGUUAUACUUGUGCACAAAAAGAGGUGUCGGGGAGGUUCCUGUAGGAGAAUUGAUACUUUACCGACAUUGAAGAGGAUUUGGUGGACAUCCUGUUUUGCAGAUCCUGUGGGUGAUAACAUAAGAUAUUCCAUAAUGAGGAGAGAUAGGAAUACAGUUUCUGUUGGUUCUUUUGAGUAGUUGGGAGGGACUCCUUGUCUGCGAGGUCUUAUGCUUGUUAAAUCUCUCGAGCUAUUUAAUUUAUUAGGUUUUGUAUGAACAGAUAUACACUGCUUACUUUCACAUAGUAACCAGAACUAUGUUCCUCAAUCAGACUGGUUUCGUACUACAUUAUAGCCCCUACUCCCACCACCCCUAUCCAUUCAACUGUUGUUUAAAACAAUUUGAAGUUUAGAUUUAGAAUGUGAUCAGCAUUCCUUGGAAUGAGUGACGGAACACACAUAGAAGAUGGUGAAAUUUUUCUGAAUCAGUAAUGGUUCACUACAUUCAUACAAAUACAAAGUCCAGAGGUGAACAUGCUGCAAGGCAGUCAAUGAGUAUUUGCUUUUAAUCAUGCUAAACAGCAGUAGAUAUGGAUGGGAUUAGCAUAGGAUAAAUAUGGUAAGCUAACUGAUCAUAAAAGCUUGAGGCUGUAGACAUCCCUCUGUGUGGGCAGUGGUUUGUAGACUUCCUAAGGGAAUCUUUAACCAACAGAUGCUGUCUGCAUCAAGAUGAAAGGAUGUGUAUAUUUGGAUAAACCACAGUCUGGCUGUAUUGUAGAUACUGAAAUACAGAAGCUUACAAUUUUUAUACUACAGAGAUAUUUUCACCAAAGUAGAAAUUACCAGGCAUUUUUUCUAAUUUCAGGAAAUUUGUUGGAAAUAAACCGGAUGGUUGACUAAUUUCUCA